AUGAGAAUGCUUAUUUGGUUAGCUUUUCUAAUUGGUGUUUUUGCACUUAAUCUUAGAGAUAGCCUUGAUGAUUUUUUAGAUAAUUUAGAUAAUGAUGAAUUAUUUAGUGAAGAAGAUGAAUAUAAUGAAGAAGAUGAAUAUAACUUAGAAGAUGAUCUUGAAGAAGAAGACGAUGAAAUGGAGUAUGAGUUAAAUGAAAAUGAUGGUGAUAUGUUUGAUGACUUAGAUGAAAAUGAAUUUGAUUUACAACAAGUUGAUGUUCAAUUUCCAUUUUCAAAGGAAGUUGAAGGAAAUACACCAUCAACAAUAUUUGAUAGUGCAGAACGACUAUUAGUAGAACUUCAAAUACCAGCAUUUGCUGGAUUACGACCAGUUUAUUAA